AUGGUACCUUCUCCAGGUUACAAGAUAGUUCUUCUUGGAGACUCGUCUGUAGGGAAAACCUCCCUUGUACAUCGUUUUACAAACGGCUCGUUCAAUGAAAACACGGCGAAUACCAUUGGAGCAGCAUUUAUAACCAAGAAUUUCCCACUUUCAAACGACCCAAAUCGUCAUGUAAAACUAGAGAUAUGGGACACCGCUGGUCAGGAACGGUACAGAUCGCUCACACCCAUGUAUUAUCGCAGUGCCAGAGUUGCUUUGGUGUGCUUUGAUAUGUCAGAUAUACAAAGUUCGUUUGAGCGAGUUCGAUAUUGGGUUGACCAAAUGGAACUAAAUUCAUCAGAAACAGAAAAGAAAGUCAUUGUCGUGGGAAAUAAGAGCGAUAUGUACAAGGAAAGCGAUUCAAAUGAGCUAGCAACCAUAGAAGCUUAUUGUGAGGAACAUCAACUUCAGCUAUUCCAAUGCAGUGCCAAAGAUGGAAAGGGUGUCACCGAGCUUUUCACAUAUAUUGUAGAUAAGAUUGACGAUUCUUUCUUCCAUGAAGCACAUGACCAAACCGAUGGCCGACAGAGAAUUACUUUGUCAAGUGUGUCUAGUAGCAAGUGCUGCUGA